GAUUGGAACUAGGCCGUAAUUGGCUGUCUAGGCAGUGUUUGUAUGCAAAUCAUUUGCCUUAGAGAUCUGAAACUCGGUGUGUUUAUAAUCGGAUAAGUUUGUGCUUAAGGUCCAGCUCUGUUCUGGCGACCACGUGGGGGUGAGAGUGAAGAACCAGAGAACAGGGGAGUUCAGCUCUCGUGGAAGGACGACACCAAACAAAACACUCGGAAGCUGUGAGCAAUGCUGUAGAACAAGCCAGGUGCACGCUUCGCAAACACCGAGAAUGAACUCUUUCUAUACCUCCCCGUUCUUGUCAACUCUCCAUGGUGAGUCCAUGCAGACAAGUAUGGCGUGUAACUAUGGGGGGAUCCCCUCGCGCUACGAGACCCCCGGGCCCGGGUCAGGGUACACGUUUCCUCAGAGCAUGCCCCAUGGACUGAGCUCUGCCUACCAGUGCAUGCCCACGGGGCAAUACGGACCCGGAGGGGGAGCCGGGGGCAGCGUGGGGUGCGGGUCAGGGCUUACAGAAGGGCUAGUUGCCCCCGGGAACCCAUUGAAUCUCACGUCGUGUUCGCGUGGCCAGCCAGGAGAGGUGAACGGGAACGAUCUACAGAACUACGCUUCGAAGGCCUGGGCUGCCUCGGCGGCGGAACAAAGAGCCGUCAGCGCAGCCUACCAAACUUCGGUCGGGACGGAAAACUCCGGUAUGAACUCGUGUUCCAUAUCUCCCAACGGAUAUUCAGCCACCCCAUUUUACCCGUGGAUGGGCAUUGUAGGUCCAAAUUCAGCUCAAAGGCGCCGGGGAAGACAGACAUACAGUAGAUUUCAAACUUUGGAACUUGAAAAAGAAUUCCAAUUCAACCAUUAUCUUACUCGGAAGCGGCGGAUAGAAGUUGCGCAUGCGCUCUGUCUGACUGAAAGACAAAUCAAAAUAUGGUUUCAAAACCGGCGGAUGAAGUUAAAGAAAGAACGGCAGCAAAUCAAAGAAAUAAACGAUACCCUGAAGAAGCCCAUUAUAAGCAGUAGCAGCAGUAACAAUAACAACAAUAGCAGUAGUAACAAUAAUAACAGUAAAUGUAAUUCUGGUACUACAGAUCUGAAUAAAGCCUCCAUUAAUGGCAACAGUUCGGACUCAAUAAAAGAGUGACAUCUAUAGGAGAUGAUGAUAAUCUUCACUACGGGCUCAGUAAGGACAUCGGUACAUGUAAAACAACUCUCCGUUUGAGAUUGAUUAUACGUGAGGACCAGACAGGGUAUAUGGACUGACUGUUUAUUUUAGAUGUAAAGAAAGUAACUUCGACAGGUGUCUUCCAAGUGUUUUCAGGUAAAGAGAUUAAGAUGUCUGAUCAAACUGUAAAUCGUCAGCUUUACCAAAGAAAUAACUUUGAUCUCAUUAACGGAAGUAGAUCUGUUGACGGUGGCGUAACUUUUUUAACAAGACAAAAUAAAACGCCCUUCAAAACGGAUCUCACGAUCAUCCCUAAGUGACUGUUCUUAGAAAACCAGUGCCGUGUAAACGCGACAGUGAAACACACCCCAAAACUUAGAAAUACCCAACGGAAUGCUAAGGAAUUCUGAAGCACUUUGUUAUACAGAAUACAGAAAGGCAAUCAUCUACGGGUUGGACUAACCGUCAUGUCUGUUACAUCACUUUGAAUGUGUAAUGAACUUGCAAUGCCCUGCAUGUCGUCUAGAUUAUGCUGUGGUAAUUUAAACCAUGACAGUGUGUGUCGAAAGGCAUUUUUGAAAACCAUAUUUAUUGUUGGAGAUUUUUAGUAUUUUUUUAAAGACAAACGUCUCAGAAAGUAUGACAAAGGAUCAGAGGGUAUGGUCCAAAAUAAUUAAUUGUAGUUUGUUUAUUAGUAUAAACAAUCGUUAAGUCUUGUUGCAUAUAUGUUGUGCUUGUGCCUUGCCAGGUUCUGUUAUAUCAAACAAAAGACAAUAUUUCAAAACUUUCUAAACUGAAAAAUUGCACGUCUUUUAAUUUGAGCAUCUAUGCAAAAGUGUUGGGCCGCGUUUUCAAAUAUGAAGAUCGACUUUAAUAUUGAAGAGAUGAUCAAAAGUGUUCUAUUGAAUUCGAUGAUUAAAAUUGAGUUUUUUUAGUAAAAUGUACAUUUCAGAACAGACUUCAAUUCAUAUUUCGGUUUUGUUUCUAACGGACGGGAACUGACAGCUGUAACUCGGAAAAACUUCAUCAGUUGCAAAGUUUUUCAUGAGUAAAUGAACAUCGUUAUGGUCAAAUUGUAUCAACUCCGAGUGUGUCGAAAAAACUUGCGUAAAAACGUGUAAAAACUUGAGCAUUUAAAUGUAUUAAAUAGUACAUCUUGAUCUGUUUUUAAUUAUCAGUGGGAUACAAUGUAGAUGCCUAUUUGACACACAUAGUUACACUUAUUUUGUGACAGGGUUUAAUAUCGUAAAAAUAGGUGUUAAAUGUUACGUUGAAAUUUAAGCUAUAUAUGUAAAUAAAGACCGGUGCAAGGAAAAGUCUUAAAGCAUGGGUAGCAAUUCUCGGCACACGGGGAGUAAUUUAUAGAAAAUGUAUAGAUAUGUAUAGUAAUUGUUAUUUUGACUAGUACUUGUAUGUUUCUAUGUUUGUCUGUGCCACUUACUGAUGCUUUUGCAACCACUGGACCUUGAUAGUUUUAUUUUUAUCAAUCAGUACAAACCAAACAUUUGAAAUAUAAGUGAUGCAGAUGAAAAUGUAGAGUAGAAAAUGUGCAGCACGUUUAUAUUAAUGUUUUGAACUGAAAACAUUGGUAAAUAUUUCGCCAAAACCGCGAACAUUUCGAAGGUCAACUGGUGACUAUUAAGAUGAUCAUUGUAUUUUUAUGGGUAACAUUUUCUUUCUUUAGUUGUGUACCCUGGCAGUUGUUUCCGCAUGUUUAGAUGACGUAUAUAUCACGUAAUAAUAUAAGUGUUUGUUUUCUUUAUAUAUGUAUGUAUGUAUGCUUUCCUCUAUGGGAAACAAUUUAGGGUAACGAUUUCUACAACCUUUGCACUCAGCAGACCAAUAAAACAGGGGAUAUUUUCU